AUGAAGAAAACGUUGGUUCAGGUCAAUGAUGUUAAUACAGAUGUGAAAAAAACGCUGGUUCAGGUCAACGAUGUUAGGGAAAGAGAACCCAACUUCAUGUUGCUUAGGCUGCCUGAAAAGGAUAAUUAUAAAGAUCAAGUUAUACAGAUAUUGCGUCAGUUGACAGAGCAUACCAUUGGGGCGACGUUGGAAGAUUAUGAAGUUCGAAGUAGGUGGAAGAUAGCUGAUAAUGAGUCUGUUGCUGCUAUUGGUGGUGCGGUUGGCGGAAGUAAAACAGGUUUCGGUGAUUUUGAUGAUUAUGGUGGUGUUAAUUUAGGUGAUAAUGAAAAGACUGAGCGUGGUUUGGUUGGUGAUGGUGCUGUUGGUGAUGGUGCUGUUGGUGGUCUUGUAAUAUACAAAAGGACGGAAAUACCUGUGGUUACGACGUUUGAGGUUUUGGCAGUCAGAUUGAUCCACGAGAGUCAAGAUUUUAUAAUACUUGCCAUAUACAGGCCAGAUAAAAAACUCAUAUCAUUUAAAAGAAUUAACAAAGUAUAUAAUGAUAGUUACAAGACCUUUUAUAUGCAGCUGCAUUUUCAUGGUCCUCAUGCAUACCAAUUUUUAAGAAAAAGUGGACUAACACUGCCACACUCGAGAACAUUGAACAAGUAA